UGCACUCUGGUUUCCAACCCCAAUAGUACCAAAGUCAUGUGUUGUAGGCUAAUUGGCCUUUCCAAAUUCUCUAGCGUGUGAAUGGGUGUGUUAGCAUGUGUGCGAUGGUGCCCUGUGAUGUGUUGGCACCCGUCCAGGGUGUCCCCCACCUUGUGCCACAGAAAUAACAAAAAUACAGCAGCAAACAACAAAUUGGAAUGGGAAUCAGUUUGUUGACUGAACCAACUCACCAGUUUGUUGGUUGGUGCUGUAUUUUCGUUAUUCCCAUGAAAAGUUUGCGCUUGUCUACCACACUGACGUCACAGGGCUACAUUGCUCGCGAGGUUAAAGUGGCGUUUGUAAGAAAGGGAAAAUCUUAACAACAUAAGGGAUAAAGGUCAGGUUAGCUCCUAAAAAAACAAAAGAGCAAGAACUUCUUUUCUCACAUAGCAAUUUCCAGCGACAUUCAAUAUAAUUUUAAUUAGAAAUACAAUGUGGAAGUAGUGAAGACAGCAAACGUUAUACAGUACAGUGUACAGUGCAGAUGCGCUAAGUUCAGAGACUCGGCUUGGUUAGUUAGCUAUCUACAAGCUGACAAACUCUAUGCCGUUGACGGUGGUUUUAGCAUGAGAGUUAAAGCUUUGGAAACUGAUCUGUUUGAGCUGUGUUUACAGAUGAAGAGGUAAAAGAGAGAGAGAUGGGGAGAUUAAAGGUAUAAAGCGCUGCUGCAUCUCUCUUAAGGCACAGAUGAAGUAAAAGCUAAAUCCAGACUUAAAAGAAGGUUAAAAUAAUUUUGUGCUUUUGAUUGUGUAAUGAUUUUUGGGUAUAGCUGACUAAAUCUCAUGCCGAUCGUGUCAAGUUCACCUCACAUGAAGCUGUUUAGUUCAUUUUAUCUAGCUGACAGUUAUCCACUUGUUUAUUUUAGCAAAAUGGCAUCAUCAGGAAGAAAACAGAACAAGAAGCCUAAACAAUCAGAAGACUCCUCACACCUUCAGGCUUUUGACUUUAAUAUAGAGGAUGUAAAGAAAGGUCUUAGUGGCUCUGAGGAUGAGGCGAGAGAAGAAACUCCCAUCAUUGAGAAGGUGGGCAAGAAAAGAUCUGCUAGUACAUUUGAGGAAGAUGACCCAAUUGUAGGUGUAGGGAAUGAAGUUCAGACAAUGUUCGAAAAGUUUGGAGCUGACAUCAGCAAGACAAUGCAGGCUAAGAGGAAGCGCCUGGAAUGUUUAACCAAAAACUCUCUGAAAGGCAGCAACCAGAAAAUAGAGCAGCUGUGGAAAACCCAGCAUAGCCAGAGGCAGAAGCUGACGCAGGAGUACUCACAGCAGGUGCUGUCAGUGCUGCGGCAGUGGGAGACCGAUGUUCAGAAAUCUGAGGAGCAAGAGGAGAAACUGAAUAGUUUCUUUCAACAGCAGCAGAAGCUCUUCCAGCAGGCUCGGGUUGUGCAGAGUCAAAAAAUAAAAACCAUAAAAGAACUGUAUGAGCAGUUCAUCAAGAACAUGGAUGAGAUGGAGAAGACUCACGAGACUUUCCUCCAGGGAGCACAGAUGGAGCUGAAAAAGGACAUGGCUCUGCUGCAGAAAAAGAUAAUGAUGGACACACAACAACAGGAUAUGGCCACCGUGAGGAAGUCCCUCCAGUCCAUGCUGUUUUGAAGUCUGAAGUACUUUUGUUCAUUUUAAAGACUUCUUUAAUGCUCAUGCUGUAAUUAUAAAUGUUUAGCGUAUGAAAUGGAUGAAAUUAUCUGGAUGUAGGUGAAUGACAGAUUGUGUUCCUAUUCUUUGUUGCCAGGUAUUUAUAUAUACAAACCUGUAUAGAUUUUUCUCAAAUGAAGAAUAUGUUGAUGUUGAUGUGUCAAAUGUCUUUUUCAAAAUAUUCGGCAGGGAAGAUGCCUUCCAAAAGUAGGCACAUGUUUAACAAAUGUAUUUUUUCCAUUCCAAUGUUAUGAAAAGAAUUUUUCUACAUUGGUGACAGGUGAACAUUAGAGCUGAUGUGCAAAAGAUUUUGAAGCUGAAAAGUUUUUGUCAUUUUUGGAAUGUAUUAAAGACUUCUAAUAUUAUCAGGAGUUAUUA